GAGAACUCUUGGUUUUGGUGUGUGAGGUAAUACUCCUAAAGUUUUGACAAAUGGUUGUUUACUGUGACCUAGUCGUUGUAUUUGUAUCCAGUUAAUAAGUGAAAUUUGUAUUGAGCUGUUUGUAUAUUUGUUAGAAGUAUUGUAUAACGACCAAGUGUAUCAUUUAAUGUAACUGGUUUAAACUGCUUUUAUUAAAUUACAUGCUUUUAAAUUCGAGUCACUUUUAGCUUAUACAGCAAACAACGUUUGAAAGGCCGCGCGAUUGGCCGGUAAGGCAACGUCCUAUAUAGCCCCAGCCAUUUAUACUGCAGAACACUAUUGACGAAAAAUGUCUUAUGUACAUAACGGACGUAAAAUGUUUGCACAAUUAAGUUUAAGCAUAAACUGGCUGUUCAGUAACUGUCAAUUGUUCUGACUCAAGUAACACUUAAUCUGAUUUAAAAGACUUCUAGUAAUAUCAUGCCAGAUUUGAAUAAGUAUUUGGAAAGAAUUAAAUACACAUGUGAGAUCAAAAACGAUGUAUCUACACUAAGUAAGUUAUGCAGGCAUCACCAAGAGUAUAUACCAUUUGAAAACCUAGACUUGUUUGGUGGAAAAAGAAAGUUUCUUGAUUUUGGAAAAGUUUACAAUGAUAUGGUUGUUAAGAAACGUGGUGGUUUCUGUUACGAACAAAACGGUUUGCUAUACUGGGUCUUAACAGAAUUCGGAUUUAAAGUUAUUAUGAUUCAAGGUCAAGUUCAUGCUAAUGAAGAAAUGGGAUUCGGACCAAGGUUUGAUCAUUUAGCGUUGUUGGUUACAUGUGGCGAUGGCUCGAAAUGGCUAGCAGAUGCUGGAUUUGGUAGUAAUGGGUUUGCUACACCUUUAAAAUAUGAAACGGAUAUAGAACAAACACAGAACAACGGGGUGUACGAAUUGGAAAGAUUGAAUGAAAAUGAAUUCGUAUUGAAAAAGCUCCAAAAGACGGUUAUACAACUUGACGGUAUAUUUUAAUUGUGUUAUAAUAUGGUGUACUUAUACAGAUGAAAAAGAAAUGCUAUACCAACCAAUUAACUUAAUAAAUUGUAUAGUAGGGUGGGGAAAGAUGGGAUACCGUUUGCAUACAA